GACGCUAUAGUAAACAAUAAAAUUAUUAUGCGCGGUGUCGUCCGGCCCGGUCAAGGAGUAAUAAUUGUUAAUUUUAAUUAUCAGAACUUCCAAAGGCCGCGAAUAGCAGAUGAAUGGUUUAGACAGCCAUAAAGUAAGCGCAUAAGCACACAUUUCGUAAUGUGAAGCGAGCGCGAUGGACGGUCGCGGCGCGUGUUUAAAUCAUCGCAUCGGCAUUACGAAACGCGAAUUUAGUUUUUAAAUAAAAUAAGGAAAAAUUAAAAAGUUCGUUCUUCAACUUUUUAAAAAACGAACGUUUGAUUGUUUUUUUUUAGGUUUUUACGGUAUUGGACUGGAGUGAUUGUUUUGGUGGACUUUUGUGUUUUUGUUUAGUGAAGUUUAGUUUUUCUAUUGUUAAGUUUGAGUAAGGGUUACAAUCUACCAAAGAUAAUCAAAAUGUCCGCCGAGUCUUUGACGAACACUGAAAGUUCAUCGGAUUCCACAAGGUGCGCGUGCGUCGACAGUGAAUCGACAGAGAGUGCGGAUUCGUUGAACAACUUGUUGAGGGAAAAAAACGACAACAACAGUUUGCGGGAUUGCGCCGAUGUGAAAUGUUCCCUCACGGAAGACUGCUCAAUGUCAAACGAGAAUGGAUCUUCAGGGAAGAGCGGCAAAUCACUAUGUUGCAAUACAGUUAGUCAGUGUGUGUGGGGUAUACUAUUGCUGGCUAUAUCAAUUGGCGGCUUCCUCUUCACUCCUCAAGACCUCAUGCUGCGGGAGAAACUCAAUAUGAGACCAGGUUUCCCGCCCUACGAGUGGUGGGCGGACCCCCCAGACGAGGUGAAGCUCAGGGUGUACGUAUUCAAUGUGACCAACCACGUGCGGUUUCUGGCUGGCCUGGAUGAGAAGAUGGACGUACACGAAAUAGGACCAAUAGUUUACUUAGAGAAACUGGUGCACUCGAGAAUCAACUUUAACGAGAACAGCACAAUGACGUAUCUGGCUAAGCGGUCCCCCAUCUUUCUGCCGCACCUCAACUCCGUUGACUUGAAUGCUACGCUCAUCGUACCUAACCUGGCUGUGCUGGGUAUAGCGUCAUACCUUCACGACGCCAACUAUCUAGUACGAACUGGUUUCCGACUGCUGGUCAACUCCCACAGCAGCAAGUUGUUCGUACAGAAGACCGUGUACGAAUACCUGUGGGAACUUACAGAUCCAGUGCUAGACACUUCGAAGAACCUGGCGCCUGGUAUGGUACCGGUCACCAAUAUGGGGAUGCUGGCGAGGAUCUACGCAGACUUCACUGACGAGGUAACUGUGAAGAUAGGGCCUAAGUGGGGCGACGAGGGAUUCUUCCAGAUUGACAGGUUCAGAGGAGCGCCACAACUACCUGGAUACGACCCUGACGAGUGUCCGGACCGUAUUAUCGGAUCGACGGAAGGUGUCAUGUACCAUCAACGACUGACAAAGGAAGACGUCGUAUUGUACUGGAGGAAAACUGUGUGCAAAGUCAUGCCACUGUAUUUCGACGAUGAGAUGGUGAUCGACGGCGUGCCAGUGUACCGGUACAACUUGUCGGAGAGCGUGUUCGAUCGCGUGAUCAACAGCACCGACUGCUAUGACACCGAGCCAAGUCUGCCGAAGGGUCUGAGCGAUGGUUCCAAGUGUUAUUAUAACUUUCCGAUGGUGGUAUCGUACCCACACUUUUACACCGGUGAUCCACCUAAAGACACCUACGUCACAGGCUUACAACCAGAUCGCUAUAAGCAUAACUCCUACAUAAUAGUUGAACCGUUAUCUGGCACGCCAUUCCGGUCCGUGGCUCGUAUGCAGAGCAACUUGAGAAUUCAUGACCUCUCUGGCUUCGGAUACGAUUAUGGGAAGUUUUCGAACCUCGUGGUGCCAUUGUUCUGGGCUGAAUAUAAUCAAGAGGGCUUGCCAUCUCACAUUAAAACAACGAUAUACUUCAUGACUGUGAUACUGCCGCCAUUGUCUUAUAUAGUCUUAAGUGUUUUACUGCUUACUGGCAGUUAUUUUUUAGCUAAAAAUCUUUACAUUCACCGCUUAAAGAACGAAACUUUAAAUUCCUUACUACAUUUCAAGAGUAAAAAUACAACGAUGACUACAAACAAAAUUUUAACAUACGAAAAAGAGGUAUUUAUAAAAACGUCAAGUUAAGUUACGUUGUUAAUUUUUGUGGAACUAUGAAAGUGCUUUAGGUGCCUUAUACUUUUUAUAUUUAGAUGUUAUUAUACAUAUUUUUUUAGCUCAUUUGAUACAAAUAUCUGAGAAGAAAUCAAAUUGAUAUUUAAUGCUAGCAUAUAUUAUGCAUAGUGCCGAAUUCACUUACAAUAAAUUUAAUUAAAAAUGUCAUUGAUAUAAUAACAGAAUAUAUUUUUGAAAAACUUAUAGAAUAGGCAAGCUACAAAAUCAAGUAAUUUUGUAGAAGACUGAGAGCUAAAGGUUUCACGUUACUAUCACUUAUAUAAUUUCCGAAUUGGUUUAGUAAAAAUAUAAAUAAAGUUAAUAUUAACUAAUACUAACUGUAUUUAUAUGAAUUCUAUAUUUCAGAAUAUUGUCUUUGUCAAAUUUUUGAUAUGAAUCCAAAAAUAGAUAUAGGUAGAUUUGUAAGUACUUAUAUUUGAAUUGCUUUCUUAAACCGAUUUAUAUUUUACGAAACAAUUUAUGUAGCGGUGCAAGUAUCAAAGCUCAUUCUCGAUUAAGUUAAGGACAAGCAUCUCUUAUCAUAGAGCGAAAUCAAAUUAAUAUUAUUGGAAAUUCAUUUGAUUAUUUUAUACAAAACAUAAGAAAUUAUUUUACUUAUUUAUUUAUAUCAAAUACUUAUAUCUAUUAUUACAGGUAGAAGCCCAAGGCAAUAGAUUCAUCCAUUUAAGAAAUACAUUAUAAUACUCAUUAUCAAACAUAUUGGAAAAAAAUAAUUAAUUGAAACCGAAACUCAGCUAGUUUUGUAAAUUUGCUCAGAGCACAAACGAAUUAAUUAACUCCAAUGAACAGUGGCGGCGCUAGGCGUCGGCGACGUCGGCCACCGCCGACGGCCUCGCGCCUGAGGGCGCCUCGCAAAAUUUUUUUACAAGUUACCUAUUUAUUUUCGUUUCUCCUGGCCUGGCUUAGGUAGCCGACCCCGAACAAUUCGGGGAAAAAGCUAAGCAGAUGAUAAUGACUUUUAUUAUUUUCGAACACGUGCGUGAUGGAAGCGAGUAGUACUUUAUGGGUAUUCAGAAUCGUCUGUCUGGCAACACUAUUUUUGUUAUUAAAUUUCUAUGUUUUUAAUUAUUUUUUGUCAUCAUUUGAUUAUCAACAAUAAAACUCGUUUACUCAUACGUUAUUUUAUAAUUUGGCUCACUUAAUUUAUCGGUUUUUUACUGGGAAGUAAAAUAGGCCUCGCGAACUUGAUGUCGCCGACGUCCACAUGUGGUCUAGCGCCGCCACUGCCAAUGAAUUACUAUACCACCCUAAAACACCUGAUGUUAAGACAAGUGUUAGUGGAAAAGGCUUGAACCCAAUCCCCCUACACCAUGGAGCCCUGAAAACAAAUGAACUAGACCGGGUGUUUCGAUUCAAGCUCGAAAUCGGCUAUACCCUACCUACCUCUCUUGAAACUUUCGUUUCAGAAGUUUUCGAAAAAUAAUAUCAUAUCACUGUCUUAUAGUUUUAAACUUUCUUGGUCACUAACAUUAUAGUAAUAUAAGUUUUUUACGGGAUUGUUACCAUGUACCUUGUUUUUUAGCGAGUUUCCGAUAUUUCGGCACUGUUGCAACCGCCAUGAUUACGGAGUAACUGAAGUAAUUGCGGGUAGGCUGUUAUUGGCAGACAUAUCGGUCUACUCUCCGACGAAGUUUUUUGUUGCAUUCGAUACCCGUACCACUGUUUACAUACUCACUAUUGACUCGAAACUGUUCACGACACACAACACUUACAGUAUCGGAUCGCGACACGAUACUUUUUUGAUUAUUUCCGGUUUUACAAAUACAAACCACAGGAUUCCAGACACUCGACAAUUUAAACCCGUCCUCACGAUUGAAAUUUUUAUGUUUUGUUUUUUCAAUCGCUUCCCUGACCAAUCUUGGGAUGUAGUGGUGUUCUGUCGAGAUAAUCUGUGGGUUAUGAAACUCAAUCCAGUGGUUAGGACCAGAAUCAAUCAAAUGUUCCAGGAUGGCUGAUUUCUGACAUUUGCAGAAAUCAGCAUGAACAGUGGUACGGGUAUCGAACGCAAUAAAAGACUUCGUCGGAGGGUAGACCGGUAUAUCUGCCAAUAACAGCCUACCCGUAAUUACUUCAGUUACUCUAUGAUCAUGGCGCUUGCAACAGUGCCGAAAUAUCGGAAACUCGCUAAAAACAAGGUACAUGGUAACAAUCCCGUAAAUAACUUAUAUUACUUUAAUCACUGUCUUAUACUUAUUAUAAUGUAAAAACAGCGCAAGUCAAUGAAAUGUUAUAUCGCAACAUUCAAAUUCUUUUGACACUCAUUUCAGAUGCAACUCAGCUAUUUCAACUAUUAGCUCUCCAUUUUGAUUUUUUUAAUCACCACACUGUAUCAGCUGUCUAUUGCGCGUAGCUCAUAAAAAUGUCUGCCAAAGUUAGUUGUAGUAUGAUCCUUUAAAAUAUUAUGAAGGUUCGCGUAUCAUAAUAUUUAGAAAAUGCAGUAGGCAAUAAGGCAACUUAAAAAAUGUAAACAAUUUCAUUAUUUUUUCAAGGAAUUUUAUUACAAAUUGUACAUGUUUUAAGUAAUGAAUUAUUUUUAUGGGUAUUUUAUUGGUACUUAGAUAGGUACUUAAUUUGAAUAUUGCAAUAAGGAUUUCGAAUUAAAAAUUAUAAUGUGAUAUUAAUGUAUGCGAUUAAUGUAAGUUUAAUAAAAUAAUGGGGAUUAGUUAGUAGCUGAUAUUGUUCCUAAUAUAAAAAAAAAGUUUUGUAAACUUUUUGCUCAUAAUAUUGCUAUAAGUUUUGUAUUAUGUAAUUAAAAGGUCAACAAAUAACAUAUCG